AUGUGGGCUCGUCACCUGCUUUUGCUAGCAGGGCUCACAGAAAUCCAGGGAUUCUACGUCCCUGGAGUCGCCCCGAUCGAUUUCAAGCGCUCCGAACGGGUGGAAAUCCGCGCUGUAAAGAUGACAUCGUCGAAGACUCAGUUGCCGUACGAAUACUACUCAUUGCCGUUUUGCCAGCCCAGCGAGGGUGUCAACUACCAGUCGCUUAAUCUUGGCGAAGUUCUCAGAGGAGACAGAAUCGUGAAUACAGCGUACGACGUGAAGAUGGACGAAAAAGUGAACUGCAAAGUAAUGUGCACUUCGGAAUUGAAAGAAGGUGACGCAGAAAAGAUCAUUCAAAGAGUCAGCGAAGACUAUUUUGUUCAUCUCCUUGCCGACAACUUGCCUGCUGCGACCAGAUGGGAACUAGAUGAUGAUCUUGUCCAGUACGAGCAUGGUUACAAACUUGGCCUUUUGGACAACGAUGGAAACACCUACAUCAACAACCAUCUCAUCAUCAACCUCAAAUACAGCCGGCUCGAGGACGACGGUGACUCCCCUCUUUACAGAAUCGUUGGAUUCGAUGUCCUCCCUCACUCAGUUCUCGAAAUGACAGAAACGGACGGAGAAUGCAACUUACCAGAUAACGAUGCUCGAUUCAAAGUUACCAAGGACACCAAACAGAUCACCUUCUCUUAUUCCGUAAAAUGGGAAGCGUCGGAUAUUCGAUGGGCCUCUCGCUGGGACAGUUAUUUGGGAAUGGGAGACGUUCAAAUUCACUGGUUCUCCAUUGUCAACUCGAUUGUUGUUGUUCUCUUUUUGUCGGGCAUUUUGACCAUGAUCAUUAUUCGCACGCUCAGACGAGAUAUCGCGGCGUACAACCGAGAAGAUUUGGAGGAAGAACUCGAUGAAGCGAUUGAAGAAACUGGCUGGAAACUCGUCCAUGGAGAUGUUUUCCGAGCGCCUGAGUAUCCAGGGCUCUUGUGCAGCCUUCUUGGAUCGGGAGUGCAGAUCUUUUGCAUGCUUCUGAUCACGAUUCUUAUCGCCAUGUUCGGAAUGCUCUCUCCCUCCUCUCGCGGCGCUCUCGUCUCCGCUGGGUUCGCCAUGUUCAUGCUGAUGGGAUACCCCUGUGGCUACUUCGCUGGGCGCUUGUUCAAGACUAUCGAUGGCAAGUCGGAUUGGAAAGCGUCCGCUUUUCAAACCGCUGUUCUUUAUCCUGGAAUCGUUUUUGGAAUCAGUUUCAUUUUGAACUUUUUCAUUUGGGGCAAAAAGUCGUCUGGGGCAGUGCCGUUUACGACGAUGCUUGCGAUUUUGUUCCUUUGGUUUGGUCUUUCUGUCCCUUCUGUCUUCCUGGGCUACUUCCAAGGCACAAAAAAGCCCGCUUACGAGCACCCAGUUCGCACUAACCAAAUCCAGCGCCAAAUUCCAGAGCAACAGUGGUUCAUGAACUCGCUUGUUUCGAUGCUCAUGGCCGGUAUUCUGCCCUUUGGCGCGGUCUUCAUUGAACUGUUCUUCAUCUUUACUGCUAUUUGGGAGAAUGAAUUCUAUUACUUGUUUGGCUUCCUGUUCCUGGUGUUUGUUAUUUUGGUCAUUGCCUGUAGCCAGAUUUCGAUUGUCAUGACUUACUUCCAGCUUUGCGCCGAGGACUAUCACUGGUGGUGGCGGUGCUUUUUCGUUUCCGGCGGAAGUGCCCUCUACGUCUUUGCCUAUUCAAUUUUCUACUUCGUCACUAAACUGGAAAUCACCCAGUUCAUCCCCACCCUUCUGUAUUUUGGUUACACUGGCAUCAUCGUAUUCUCUUUCUGGAUUUUGACGGGCACCAUCGGUUUUUACGCUUCAUAUGCUUUCAUCAAAGUAAUCUACGCUCAGAUCAAAAUCGAUUGA